CUGUCUGGAACGGUUGAUGACUGUAACUGCGAGGUGCAAUCUGUAGACACUUUCAAUAACUACAAGAUCUACCCAAUAUUACCAACCAUAUUACCUACUGACUAUUUUAAAUAUUAUAAGGCAAAUCUGAUUAAAGAAUGUCCAUUUUGGUCUGAUUCUGCAAAGUGCAAAAAAGAGCAGUGCAAGGUCUCGCCAUGUAAAGAGGAGGAUGUACCUUGUGGUUUAAGGAAUGCUAAACAGAAUAAUAGCGAAUCCAAGAAGGAAUGUGCGUGUGAUAAAGAUGAUACUCAAUGUCACAGUCAAUGCAAGGAAAAUUUAGGGGCUUCAAGCAGUGCAUACUCGAGGGAAGCCAACGAAAAAAAUGUUUGCUCGUCUGAAUGCAUCAUUGAGACAGAGGAGGAAGAACGUCUGGGGGCGCUGGACAACAGUAUAAGUGACAUGAGCCGGGAAGCUUUCGAAUCAUGGCAGGUUCACGACGAUGCAAAGCAUGACUUCUGUGUUCCCGAAGAUGAGUCAUCUGAGCAUGCUGAAUUCUACGAUUUGACCAUCAAUCCUGAGAGGUACACAGGCUACAAAGGCAAGGCAGCUCAUCGAAUAUGGAACAAUAUUUACAAGGAAAACUGCUUCAAGCCUGACCCACAAACACCUGGCUAUGAAAACUUCCUCAAUUCAAAGUCACUUGGAGACCCCAAGUACCUUGCAGGUCUUUGUCUUGAGAAGCGAGUGUUCUACCGUCUGAUAUCAGGCCUUCACAGCAGCAUAAAUAUUCACCUGUGUGCAAAGUACUUAUUGGCCGCUGGAGAUGGAGCCUUUAAACAAGAUGUAUGGGGACCAAAUCCGAAGGAAUUCCAGCGUCGGUUUUCACCAGAGAAAACUGGAGGAGAAGGCCCAUUAAGACUUAAGAACUUAUAUUUUACCUAUCUAGUUGUUUUACGGGCCAUUGCAAAAGCAUCACCAUAUUUUAAACAAGAAACAUUUUAUACAGGUGUGGAAGCAAGAGACGUUGAAGUUAAAAAUGUCGUUUUAAAAAUCGCAAUGCUAGCUGAAAAAUUCCCAAACCAUUUUAAUGAGAGUGCAAUGUUCACUGGAAAGGAAGCUCACAAUCUUAAAGAGGAAUUUAGGAAACACUUUUGGAAUAUAUCUCGCAUAAUGGACUGUGUUGACUGUACCAAGUGUAGGCUAUGGGGAAAAUUACAGAUUCAAGGACUUGGCACAGCUCUGAAGAUAUUAUUCUCAGAGAAAGAAAUAGGAAAACCAGGAAGCUCAUUUAUGCUGAAAAGACAUGAAAUUGUAGCCCUCUUCAACGGGUUUGCAGCAUUAUCCUAUAGUGUAAACCAAAUAGAAGAAUUUAAGAAGUUAACAAGCAAGCCUACGACUGGAAGUAAAAUACCUGUAAGCAACAUGAACGGGUCUUGGUGAUGAUUUAUUAACAACAACAAUCAUUUGAAAAGGACCAGUAAUAUGGAUGCAAACCAAUAUCAAGUUUCAAUUUUUCGUUAUCUGAAAAGAAGUAACUGUAAGUCAAGGGAGGGUGGGGGUGGGGUGUAUACUACCUGCGUUGUUAUUUAUGUAUAUUUAGAUAUUUUGAUGUUCUCUUUUCUUAAUGUGUAUAGGAAUACUAUACAUCGGUUUCAUAUAAUUCCUUUCCAGUCUCAUAAAGACAUUUAAAAUUGGAUCAAUUUGCCUGUAAAAUGGUCAGUUAAUUAUUAUAUAUUUUUUUAACUAUUAUUAUGUUGAUACUGUUUCUGCUUUUGCUGCUGAUGUUUUUGCUGUUGUUAAUAUUGUUAUUAGUGUUGAUGUUAAUAUUAUUAUCUACUUUUAGUAUGCUAAUAUUAAUAUAUUUAUUAUAGUUAUUAUAGUUUAUUAUAGUUAUUAUAAUUACAUUUAAUAUUAGUUUUCAUUUUAAUUUUUUUGAAAAAAACAAAACAAGAUAUUACUAGUAUGUUUGAUCACAGCAAAUGUUUACAAAUCAUUUGCUGUUAUUGUAAAAAUAAAAAAUAAUAAUAUUGUUAUUAUUGUUUAAUUAUCUGUUUAAUUAUUGUUAAUACAUAUUUUAAUGCUAAUCAUAAGUUUAUGUUGCAAUCUAGAUUGAAAUACGUACAUAAGCCUAGCUUAUGCAAGAUUAAUUCAACAGUACAAGUAAUCAAAUUAAUAUUAAAUUUAAUAUUUUUAAUUAAUUUAAUCACUAUAAAAAUAACUUUUUAAAAAAAGUUUCUGCUGUUUACUAUGCAUGUCCAGUAUUAUCUGUACUUAAAUCAACCAAGCAUUAAUGAAAUAUGUCGUUAUUUUUCUAAAAUCUGUUCUAUAGGUAUUCUAGGUAAUCAAUAGCUUAGAAAUAUAUUGAAUGAAAUUGUGUCUUAAUGGUUGACCAUGCCCAUUAGAAGCAUGUUGCUACAACAAUUUGGGCUUUCAAUUGAAAGGGUGAUAAUUUGAAUUUAAAAGCUCUUAAUGCACAGUGCUUGGGCAAGCCACUUUGUUACAUAUCACACACAGUAGUGGUUAGUGGUGGUUCUGACAGGGGGUUAAACAUGCCUGACAAUGUGUAACAAACCAAGAAUCUACUGCUUCUGGUGAAGAUCCCACAGUAAAGCUAUUGGUAAUAGAGAAUUGAAUUUCAUGGUUUUAGUUUAGGCAUGCAGGAAAUUCUUAAUAUAUUUCCUCCAUGGUUUAGGGUGUUAACAAUUUUUAGACCGCAGUAUUAGGAAUUGAAAUGACGAUAAACUUUGGUUGUAUUGGCAAAUUAAUAUUUUUAGUCUAUUGGUCACAAGAAUCGGCCAGUGACAGGGUUCAAUGCUUACCCACUUUCUACUGCCACAUUCACUGGCAUUGGUACCUGGUAAAGUCACUUAGUCUUAGUUUAGUAAUCAGGAAUUUUAUGGUGGACUCCUGGAAAGCCCAGGGCAGCUGCAGUGCGGCACCACUGCUUGUGCUUAAUUGUCCAGUGCACUGGGAGACGAUCCCUGCUUUUUUCCAAAGAGUGUAUUAUGCCUGUACUGGUACAUAGGAUGUAAAUUGUGAAGUUAAAAUUGUCUCAUGACUAGGAAUAGUUGGUUUUUGUUUAUGCAUCAAAUGUUCAAUGUUCAAUGUUUAUUUUCCACAAUUCAACAAUUCAAUAACAUUAUGCAUAUAAUAAUAUAAUAUAAUAUACAGAUAUAAUAAAUCAUCAAAGAGUUGGAAUUGAUUUGUGGAGGAGGCUAUAUAAGCUGAUUAGAUUUGUCUGAUCAGCUUUAAGCCAUAGGCCCCUUACAUGACAAAAGUUCCAAAUUUAAGAGAAGCCACUUCCAGGAGGUUAGGUUAAAUGAGCUUUAUUAACAAAUGUAGUUUUAUUUUGCUGCUUGUAGUUACUGCAAGGAGAUGAUUGAUAAUAAGGUAGUGAAAACAUGUAAACAUGAAUUGUGUAGUUUCCAUAGUAUUUUUGUAAUGCUUGCUGGAGUGCCAGGAGAUUUCUGCAGUAGUAAUAAGGCAUUGUGAAAUAGAUAUACUGUAAUGGAGUGAAGGUGUGGAUUGUUGUGGCUUACUAUCCAAUACUAGAGGAUUUUAAGUUCAACUCCACAUGGGCAGAUCCAGAAUUUUUUAAAUGGGGGAGAGGGCCACAACAGUUUCAGAAUAGAUAAGUGAGUAGCACAUACCAUUGAUAUGCAUUUAAAUUUUAAACAUUUUUGUGGCAAAACAGUGAGGGGGAACAUGCCCCUAGCACCUUACUGGAUCUGCCCCCUGCCUCAUGAGAUUUUGAUUAUAUAGCAUCACUUCUAUCCCAUAUGUGCCGAGCCACUUGUCAUUGAAUGACAAUGAGAAAAAAUAUAAAGAAUAUAGUUAUAUAAGAACUAAGUACAGUAGUAUUAUUUUAUGCAGUAUAUUAUUUUAAUGAACUUUGUUCUUGUUAUUUUAAUGUUCCUACUUUUAAAAACUAAGACUUAUGAGCAAAAAAUGGAGCAUGUCAAACCAACACACCCAAAAUAGGGUUUGUGAUUAAACAUAAGAAUAAAGUUUAUGUCAACUUUUCAUAAAUUUUUGAUUAAAUUAAUAGUUUAUUUGAAAUUGAA